AUUUAUGCAAAGCUUGUGUAACUUCCAAUUCUUCAGCUUCUUUUGCAAGAUGUCGGCUAUGGGCUUCGAAAAGUUAGUGUCUUGCUGAUAGUGAAAGGGAAGGGACAACUUCACUUGAUACCACUCCCCUUCCUUACCCCAACUACCCACCUAAUACUUACACCAUGUGAUGCAUACCCUGCUCAUACAUGCAUAUGCAAGGAAUCACUUUCUUACUAUGGGGUGACCUGGCAAGCAUACGUUGAUCAAAGUGGGGGUUGAAGUUGGGGGCUUGAAGAAUCAGUGAAUGUCAGGUCGUUCUUUUCCAAUAGCUUCCUCCUCUUUGGAGAUUCGCUUCUUUUCUUCUUUCACUUCAAUCCUUUCACAUUUCACUUUCCAAUUAGACUUUCGCAUUCUCAGCCUUUCUUUCUGUCAUACCUUCUUUUGCAUAUCAAUCCUGACCCUCCACAUUCAUAUCCAAUAUAUAAGCAAACUACAAACCAUGGCUUUCCUCCUUUCCAAUAUGCUCGCAGCUUGCAAGAUCAAGCCCAGUACUGAAGCGGAGACUAUCAACCAGCCGAAAACUAUCCCCUCCUUGUCUACUUCGACGUCCACUUCAUCGACCACUCUCACCAUGAGAAGCGAACCCGGCGUUGUUGAAGCAGAGGGGUUAAUACUUCGACUUCUUGAUAUCCAUGCGAAGCUCGAGGCUAUUGGGGCGGAAAAUCUGAAGCCUUGUGAUGAGGUUGAUGUAUUGUUUGUAGAGCUGGUCGGAAUGUGUAUCAAAACGAUCAGUGAUGUUGUGACGAACAAGAUCCUCAGUGACCCCCGCAUGGUCACCAUCCUCCCUUCACUCCACAAACUCUGCGGCACCGCCGAAUGUCAUCUAGAAUCACACUGGGCAGCGUACAUAUCCGGCUCCUCCUCAUCCACUCCAGAAGAAGUCCACACCCGCCUCACCCAAUUCCCCUACUACACCAACUACACGGCACUCACCCGCCUCGAACUCUCGGCCCUCUCCUCCCUCCUAACACCAACCUGCCCACCCCUCCAGAAAUUCGCAUUCAUCGGCUCCGGUCCGCUCCCUUUAACCAGCCUCUGUAUCUACCAGACAGCCAGUUCCUUCAAUCACCCCCAGACCGGCCAAACAAUCACACCCGACCCCGACAACGAACCCAACAAAGAGGAAGUCGAAAUCCAAAUCCUCAACAUCGACAUUUCCUCCACCGCAAUCGCCCAGUCCACCACCCUUUGUGCCCACCUCGGUCCUCACGCCAAAGGCCUAUCCUUCCAGCUCUCCCCGGGCGCUAACCCGUCUAUCGACCUCACCCCCUACGAUGUAGUCUACCUCGCCGCCUUAGCGGGCUCAUCUCAGUUUGAAAAAGAAGACCUGCUCGAGAAUGUCGUGAGCAGAAUGAGAGCGGGUUCGUACUUGGUUAUCAGGAGUGCGGAGCGGUUGAGACGAGUGUUGUAUGCUGUGAGUUGCUCCAUUCUUCUUAGAAGACACUCUAUUCUCCCCUAUUCUGCUCUAGACUAGAUCUGAAGAGGCGUGAAGUGGUGUCAGAGAUGGAAAACAGACAUUUACUGAUAAGAUCAUGAGAAAACAGGAAUUCAAUCCCACAAGCGAGAAAGUCCUCAAGUGUUUAGAGAUCUGCUUAGUUGUGCAUCCGUACAAUAAUGUCGUUAACUCGGUUAUUAUCGGAAAAGUCAGGAGCAGAACGGCGAUCGAGUGUCCGCUGUGAUGGGGGCGUACCGAGUUGAGUGUAGAUUGAUGGGAGGGCGAGAGAAAGUGGGUGAUGGGUUGAUGAAUUGAUACCGGGCAUGGAUUUCCGGUCACCUGAGUCAGACUCAGAGCCAAGGCAUAAGUAUGCGAGAGAUUUCUCCACAGAUUGCAGAUUCAGAGAGUGUACAGUAGGUGGCUUCUCCUGCAAUGUAUUCAUUCAAGCAAACACCUUGCAGAAUCACAAUUCUCUCGAUGGCACAGGACCUCUGUUAGAAGCA